AUGGGGUCCUCAGCACACACACUCCCUGCAAUCAACAAACUUAUUAUGAACAAAGGUCCUUCUUUAUCACAACAGCAGAGAAGUGAUUUGUGCACAAUAGUUACAGAACAGGAGAUUUAUACAGUGUUGAUGGCUAUUGGAUAUGAUAAAGCCCCGGGAUUAGAUGAAUAUAAUGUUGUUUUCUUCAAAAAAUCUUGGGCUCUGAUUAAACAAGAUGUCAUCAAGGCAGUUCAAGAAUUUUUCGUCACUGGAAAUAUGUAUAAAACUAUCAAUCAUGCAAUUAUCACGCGACUCCAAAAAGUGAUAGCUAGUGUCAUCAGUGAAGCUCAGGUUGGUUUCAUCCCGGGGAGGAGAAUAUCAGAUAACAUUAUGCUUGCCCAUGAACUUGUGAAGGGUUAUACUAGGAAGAACAUUUCUCUUAGAUGCAUGAUCAAAACAGACCUACAAAAAGCUUAUGAUUUGGAGGAAUGUAUCUAUUUGCAGCAGGUUAUGGAAGAAAUGAAAUUCCCUGGGAAAUUUGUAGCAUGA